UCGCUUCUAGAGUCAGCUCACAGUACGCAUGCGUGAACAUUUACCCAGCAGGUAAACUCUCCACCAUGGCGGCGAGAGGCCAUGUGCAGGAUCCCAACGACAGGAGACUCAGACCCAUUUACGAUUACCUUGAUAAUGGCAACAAUAAAAUGGCAAUACAGCAGGCAGAUAAACUGCUGAAGAAACACAAGGACCUGCACUGUGCCAAGGUCCUAAAGGCCAUUGGCCUCCAGAGGACUGGGAAGCAGGAUGAAGCCUUCACUUUGGCCCAGGAGGUGGCCACUCAAGAGCCCACUGACGACAACUCGCUACAAGCUCUGACUAUUCUCUACAGGGAGAUGCAUCGUCCCGAGUUGGUCACCAAGCUGUAUGAAGCAGCAGUGAAGAAGGUUCCUCUCAGUGAGGAGUAUCACUCUCACCUCUUCAUGGCGUACGCUCGCGUGGGGGAGUACAAGAAGAUGCAGCAGGCGGGAAUGGCCUUGUAUAAAAUCGUCCCCAAGAAUCCGUAUUACUUCUGGUCUGUCAUGAGUCUGGUGAUGCAGGCCAUCUCAGCACAAGAUGAAAAACUGGCCCAAACCAUGUUCCUGCCUCUGGCUGAACGCAUGGUGGAGAAAAUGGUCAAGGAAGAGAAGAUUGAAGCAGAAGCAGAGGUGCAGCUGUAUUUUAUGAUCCUGGAGCGCUUGGGAAAGUGUGUGGAGGCUCUCGAAGUGAUCAGGGGCCCACUCGGGGAGAAGCUGACCAGUGAGCUGCAGAGCAGAGAAAGCAAGUGUAUGAAGCUCUACCAGAGACUCCAGCGCUGGCCAGAGUGCAACUCCCUGGCUCACAAGCUGCUACUCAAAAACCCUGAUGAUUGGCAGUUCUACCCCUGCUACUUUGACUCUCUCUUCCACCUGAUUGAUCAGUCGUGGAGUCCUCCUGAAGAAGGCGAACACUGUUCGGAGGGUUCGGUACAUCACACUGUGGCUGAAGUGGUGAGGUUCGUGGAGGAGAGAAUUAAAGGGGAGGACAGCAAAGACUCUCGUGCACUCAGAGGACCCUAUUUAGCUCGCCUUGAACUAAUUCACAGACUGCGAGAAAGGGGCUGUCCCGAAGAAAGCCUGUUAGGUGAGCCUUUAGAGCUAAUGGUGCAGUUCUUUGGGAAGUUUGGAGACAAACCCUGCUGCAUCACCGACCUAAAAAUAUACCUCCAUCUGCUCGCUCCCGAACAACACGUGCAGUUCAUUAACCGUGUGAGCGAAGCGGUCCCACUGGGGGAGCAGGGAGAGGAGGGAUUUGCUUUUCCAGACGACACCAAGGCGCUGCAGAGGCAUCUGUGUGUGUGUCAGCUGAGUCGAGCCCUCGGGCUGCAUCACGCCCUCGACGUGGAGGGGAAACUGCGGCUCAUCACGGAGCUCAAAGCUCACUAUCAUCAUGGACUCAAGUUUGGGAAGACCGCUCUGAAGACGGAGCUGCAGUAUUCUGAUAUGUAUUGUCUCAUGGCCGCGCAUGUAUACAUCGACUUAUGGAAGGAGACGGAGGAUGAGAACAUGGUGUGGCAGUGUUUGGGUGUCCUCCAGGAGGGUCUGUCUCUCAGUCCCUCCAACGCCCAGUUCAAGCUGCUGCUGCUGCUCGUCUACUGUCACCUGGGAGCCUUUGAGCCCGUGGUGGACCUCUACUCCAGCCUGGAUGCCAAGCAUGUACAGCACGACACCAUAGGGUUUCUGUUAACACGCUACGCUGAGUCAUUGGGUCAGUUUGCUGCAGCCUCCCAGUCCUGUAAUUUCUCCCUCAGGUUUUUCCACUCUAACCAGAAAGAUACCUCAGAGUAUAUCAUCCAGGCGUAUAAGUACGGAGCUUUUGAGAAAAUCCCAGAGUUCAUCGCUCUCAGGAACCGGUUGAACCAGUCGCUGCACUUUGCCCAGGUCCGCACUGAGAGGAUGCUGCUGGACCUGUUCCUCGAGGCCGAUAUUGUGUUGAGUCUGGACGAGAGUGUGAAGGCCAUGUCUUUGUCUCCAGAGGAGGAUGACAUCCCCUGGGAUAACAUGAGGGACAACCGAGACCUAACCGUUUUUACCAGCUGGGACCCUAAAGACAGAGAGUUAACCGCCGAGCACCGGCGACGGUCUCUGGAGGAGGAGUCCGUCUGGCUGAGGUUACGCUCUCUGACGCUUCGCCUCCUCGCCUCCUUGGCCGCGCCGGGACACACGCCGUCGCAACAGAACUCCGAGACGGUCCACGAGAACGGAGUCGGAGACAAGAGCUCGGUCCUCAGCGGCCUGCUCUCCCAGCUCAACCAGACCCUGCAGACUGCCGCUCAGAUCACAGAGAAACGCAUACAGUAUCCAUUCCUGGGCCCCCCCUCCACCCGCCUGGCCCCCGCUCUGUCCAGUGGGAGCUGUCAGUGCCAGGCUGCAGCCCUCCAGCUGUCGGUCCACCUGCAGGAGCUGGAGACCGUCUCACUCGAUGAGUCGUCCGAGCUUCAAACCCAGAUCUGUAACGGCUUCAUAUCAUUAGUAGUUCAGCUUCAAGAAAUACUGAAUAAAUGCAAAGGAGAUGUAUUGGAAAUGAAAGACAGCAAAUUAAAAACCCAGCCCUCCUUAUUAGAAAACCUAAUCUUCUUUGUUGAGACGGUGAGCAUAGUCUUGUGGAUGGCUAGUCACUGUGCCAAGAUCCUCCGACCACUCAAGACUAGUCUACAGAAGAAGAAGAAGAAGAAAAAGGAUACAAACACAGCUCUGCCAGCGGUGGUGUGUGGCUUCCAGGAGCUGACGGCGAGCUUGCAGGACCUGCUCACGCAGGCUUUGGACCAUAUAAAGGGGCAAGAGACUGGCGUGACGGCCCUUAAACUGGCCGGUUUAAGCUUGGAAGGUCCCACAGAGGAGGAAGCGUCAUUUAUGAAGGCUGCUAUGGACAAGGUGCAGAGCAGUUACCUGCGCUCCCUACAGGAGGUGGGAGAUCUGCUCAAGAAGAGAGCAGAAACUAUAAAGAACCUCAAGAUCUGAACACCAUCCCACACCCCCAAAAUACAGAUGACUUUACCCCCACCAUCGGCUCCCCUCCCCCCCUCAGACCACCAUCUGUCGGCCCAACAGCUAACCUCCGCCUCCUACAUCCCGCCCGAGCGCACAGUCGUCACUGACCUCCUUCCUUCCCUGCGUAUUUCUCCACUCAGCGUUUGUGAGAUCUCCAAUCCGGAUUUUCUUUUACUUCCACGCACAAACACAACCCCCCACACACACACACACACACACACACACACACACACACACACACACACACACACACACACACACACACACACACCACUGGGACAUUUGCAACUCUUAUAGCACACAAGCUUGUAAGUAAACUCAUGAAUUUAUACAGCAGUUAUAAGUCAAAAUGAGGACAAAUAGUCACGCUCCUUUAAAAAGAAACCGAGCAAAUUAGAAAAGAAAAAAAAAAAAAGGAAUAAGCAGUUUUUAGAUGAACUAAUCUAAUAAAUUAUUGUACAUAGUAAAGAGCAACUACCACAACUCUCCUGGACUGAAUGAGAAUAUAAGACACAAUAAACCACUAUUCUGUUUGUCCGUUACGUUUCCUCUUUUUAUUCCUUUACUUAGUUUUUUUUCUGGUGAGAACAAUCAAAGUAACACACAUGCCUUGGACUGUUAACACUAAGUAAGGAAAGGUAUGUCAACGUGCUGCUUUUCCAGCUGUUUCUCUCCGUCAAGAGCAAGCGGGCACAAUUUUGCAUUGAACUGAAGCACUCUUUGGAAAUAUGGACACCUGGCCACCUGCACACUGAAGUUUCCGAUCACAGUCAUGUCUUCUUCUUCUUCUUCUUUUGCUUUGUGUAUCUUGUGUGUUGCUUUGAAAGUGGAUCCCCCUCUGUAGUUGCAGCAUUAUAAAGAGCAGUGGCGGGGAUCAGUUAAAGGACUUUAUUUUUUUUUAAGUCUGCCUUUUCUUAUUCUUUUUAACCCCAGUAGAAGUGGUGCUUGUAAACAUGUCCACUGUGGAAUCUGGUUCAUACCCCCCCCCCACCCACCAUGCAUAGCUCAAAUAAUCAGAAUCCUAUAAGACUGGUCUGAUUACAAUUAUUUAAGAGACCACGCGUGAUUGUCUUCACCGAGAACGUUUUUCUUCACCAGUCAUCCACGAUGUAUCACUGCAGGCAUGGACAGUCUUUCUAGCUAAAAGCUUCAGUAGGAAAUGCAAGGAAAUCACGAUAACAAAGUGCAGAAAUGAAUCUAAUUUGCUAGAAUGCAUGUUUUGGAAUACAGUAUGUGUUCUUGUUCAAUCCAAGACCAGAACAUUUUAAGAGGUGUUUUUUGUCUCACUUUGACCUUCUGACGUCUGAUAGUACAGACUGUUACAUUGAGCGGCGAUGCAGCUCGGUAGAGUUAUUAUAUUCUGGUGGAUUUCCUCUCCGUCAUUUGAACGACUCAGACCCAGACACAGGUGUGUUUCCCAGACAACCAUUGGACCUAAUUGUAAAUAAAAAAAGCGCUGAGGCAGCAUUUUCAGAGUUGAGUGUGAAAGGACAUUGGUGUGUGUUUUUAAAAGCAGCUGCAGUAGAUGCCAUAACAUUUGUCCUGUUUUUUUUUUUUUUUUUUUUUUGUCAUUCCUGUUUAAGCCCCCCCCCCCUCCCCUUCCCCCAAAAAAAGAAAAGUCUAAUGAACCAAAACAGUUUCAUCAGCUUCAGCAUCUUCUCAGAAAAAUGAGCAUCUUCUACAUAACCGAGAGAUCGAGGCCGGUAGGGCUCCAACUAGCGGUUAUUUUAAUCGUCGAUUAAUCUGUGGGUUAUUUUCUGGAUGAAUGGAUGAGUUGGUUUGGUCUAUAAAAUGUCAGAAAAAUGGUGAAAAGUCUCGAUCAGUGUUUCUCAAAAGCCCAAGACGACGUCCUCAUAAUGUCUUGUUUUUGUCCACAACUCAAAGAUAUUCAGUUUACUGUCCCAGAGGAGAGAAGAAACUAGGACAAUAUUCACAUUUAACAAGCUGACAUCAGAGAAUUUUGUGUCUCAAACCAGUUAAUCGAUUAUCAAUAGUUGGUGAUUAAUUGAAUAGUUGAGAACUAAGCGAUUAAUCUUUGCAGCUCUAGCAGAUGUAGUUUACAGGUAUCGCCCAGAAGCACUGAUGGACGACUGCAGGUAGUGUGCAGUUGGAUUUUUGGUUUUGUUUUACUAUUUUAUUAGGAAUUUGGCAGAGCAAUGUGAAUUGUGAACCCUCCCCUUCCUGUUAAUCUGUUACAAUCGUAUACACAUCUGCUAAUAAAUGCCUUUUUUUUCUUCUUCUUCUUUUCAACACUUGAGCCCAAUCUGUCUGAAUGGAUCCGAGGCUGGAGAGAAGAUGUUUGUGAUCUGACUACGUGUUGUUGUUGUUGUUGUUGUUGAGGUUCAGAAUGAUGGUUGACAAUCUGGAGUGUCAUCUCACCACCCUCUUUUGUUAGAAAAUGGAAAACAGAAACACUGGAAUGUCAAAGCUUUUUUAAAAUAAAAAGUAAAUGUGA